UCGGCGUGGUGAUUUUGGUAGUGAAAUUUUCCCAUUUUCAUCCAAAGUACCGCGAAAAACCCGUAAAAAAUGUCUGUAUCGGCGAACAUAAGCGUUGAAGCACCGAUUGAAAAUCAAAUCCAGGAGAUUGCCUACGAUGGAACGGAGAUUUAUCAGUUGCCACCAACUCUGUCGGAACAUCUGGCCAAGUGUGCAGCAAAGAUCGACUUUAGCAAAAAGGCCAAUGACAUUGAUUUGGUUCAGCAGAGCAUCAAAAAGGAGGACGAAAAGAAGGAAGAUGAAUCUAAGGACGCGGCGGCGCACUUUCAGUCCAGCCUGUGGCCGUGGGAUUCCGUGAGGAAUAAGCUGAAGGAUGCCUACACGGAGGUGUCCGUUCUGUCGGAUGUGCUAUCGAUUGCGAAGGAAAAGCGGUUCAUGGUGUUGGAUCCGAUUCCGCAGGAACCACCGGAAGUCAAGCAGAUGGUGCAGGUAUAUGCCAGGAAGAAGGCUUUGGCCAGUGCCGCGAAUAUUUUGCUCACUGGAGCGGAACGACUGAAGACGGCACACACCGAUCAGGGUGGAAAUAGGAGUACACCGGAUUUCCACAUCGAGCUGUUGAGGUUGAGAAGGAAUUGGCGGUUGAAGAAAGUUUCUAAUACGAUUAUCGGAGAUUUGAGCUAUCGGACGGCAGGGUCAAAGUUCAUGCAUCCGGGAAUGUUUGAGGUGACCAAGGCGGAAGAUGAGGAGAGCAACGAGGAAGGUGGAAGUGGGGCGGUGGGAUCGGUUGGGGCUCCACCGGUUGUGCCUGGGCCGAAGAUCAAUUCCGCUCUGAGGGUGAAUGUGCCGACAGAGUUGCAGGGAGUGGCGUUCAUUAAGGUCAUUACGCAGAAGGAUCAGGGAGAUCUGUGUACGGCAACACUGAAUAUGAUGGGAUCAACUCAGCUUUGUCCACAGGCAGGGGCUUGGCAACAGACGCUGGAGUUUGCUCAGAAUGUGCUGUUUUGUAAGGAAUUGUUCAAUCAGCUUGCGAGAGAAGCUGUUCAGCUGCAAGCACCGAUUCCGCACGUGGUUGUAGGUAAUCAGAUCCGAGCUACGUUACUUCCGGGCAUACAGCUCAUAAUCUCGCUUUGUCAUUCGACUUCUUCGGAUUCGAAUAACAGUUCCGAGCCGAUUAAGGAUCACGAUCACGUGUUGGAGCAUUCGCUGCAUCAGUUGUUGCGUGAGUUCCAUCAUAAAAACACGCAUCACCCUUUCCCGCAUCCGGCAAGUGCGCCGCUGGGACCGAGUAAGAAACGAAUGUUGGCUGGUCCUUCUGCCUUCGAUCGGUACGAAUUGUUAGAAAUGACAAAAUCGCAGACACUGUUGGAGCAAAUUAUCGCUCAAGCACAGCAUAUUUUCACUCGACGUCGCGCUCAGUACGUCCUGGACACUUUGGCUCGGGACGUGAAAGACCCUCAGAUAACUUCACACUGGAACGCCAUGAACAGUCCAACGAUGUCGUGCGUGAAAAUCAACAUCACUUCGCACGGGUAUGAUGCCAAUCUGCGGACGUCGUUGGUCAUUCACGUGAAGGAACGCUCGCUCAAGUGCAUCUGUCGCGAUGGCCGCAUCAUGCACAUGUCCUACGAAAUGCAGGAACUGCGAGAUCUAAUCCUAUACCAGAUCAGCCAGCAUCAGAUCAUCUGUCUGCAGAGUUUGGCCAAAUGUAUGGCGUGGCAGAUUCUUUCCAACAGCAGCCACCUGGGUAUUGGUUCGGUGGAACCGUUGGGGAAUGCCAGUUCCUGUGUGCUGGCAUCGCCCAACAGUGACCGACUGAUCGCGGUGCAAGUCCGGUGCGAUCCGCAGAUUGACGUGAAGGUUUAUAUUGCUCAAAGCCCCGGUAAGGACUUCUUCCCGGGAUCACUGGUGCAGGGACGGCACUGGGAACAUCUGGGAGGACACUUCAAGGAGUUGCGGUUCGACAAAAUGGAAGGCAAAAACUUCCACAACAAGAUGGAAUUCCUGAUGGCAAGCCUGACCAGUCAAUCCUAACCACUGGUAUUGGAAAGUAUUUUCACCCACUCGGAACCCAACGGCAAUCAUGCUCCGGACUUGGAACAACUUUCAUUCGACAUCAACCAGCGACUGGAUUGAGAGAUCAGAUAGCAAGGUAAGAUUAUUAUGU